ACUGCUUUUCACAUUUGUAAUCCAUAUUAGUUCUUUUUUUUGGUUUCUGCACCAACUAGAACCAUUUAACCAUUAGAGAGGUUCAUUCAGUAAAGAACUAAAAGGUUGCUGGAGAAGGAAGGAGAACCUAACUUCCCAUUCGGAACAAAAGUGAAGGGAGCGGGAAAAACCCAGUUUCUAAUUUUCAGAUCCUUUAAAAAACAAGCCCUUUUCUGUAGCAGCUGGUGGUAGACGUGAUGAGGGGGACGAAACUCUGUUACCUCGUGUGGUUCAUUCUUUGCAACCAACUGCUUGUCAGUAUGGCCUUGGGCAAUAACCAUGGAAACCCAGCAAAUGAGCUUGUUGAUAUUAUUAAUGAAAAUCGAACAGCCCAAAAGCUUCCCAGACUAAAAGACAAUGCUGGUCUUGGGUGCAUGGCAUUGCAAUAUGCGGAGGAAUGCACAGGUAACUGCACUAGCAACAACACUGUAAGCUGCCGGCCUCCAGAAGAUGACUUCACAGAGGUCUUUGCACCCAACUGUGGAGUAGAGCUACCAACCUUUGGCACCAUAUCAGGGCAUAUAGUAGGUUGCCAAUCUAAGUAUUUUGAUCCAUCACAAGCCUUUUCUCAUAUUCUUGUUCAAGAUAAGAAGACCCUGUCAGUUGUAACAAGUAAGGAACACACUGAAGUGGGAGUAGGCUUGAUGGGGACCCACAAAGGGCCUUUCUUUUGGUGUGUCUUAUUUAGCAGUGGACAGACGAAUUCAACUUUCGUUCUUGAAGGUGGUGGAAGAGGCAUCCAGCAGAAGAAAGGGUGCUUCAGUGGAACUAAUAUUCAAUGUAAUGGAGGCCAGAAGAUCCAUUUAUUCUUAAACACCCCUGUGACUGUGAUAAUCACAAUAUUUAUCUGGUAUAUCUGUGUUCUUUUUCUAUGACAGAAAACUUUACAGUGAGUACAAGAUACCUUUUCACACUCA